CGUGAGUACAGCCCAAAUAUUUGUUGCUCCCGCUUCCCGAGGCCUUUUUUUUGUGUGUGUUUUUUAAAAUAUGAAUGCCAAGUGCCGUUGUUGCUUCGUAAGUGGGGACGUUGCAACGCAAAGGUAGGAGGAAGGGGACUUUCAUCCCGCUUGUUAAAAUAUGGCUUUUGCUCCGUUUGCGUUCGCCUCCUGUCGACGGAGGGGCAAGGAUGGAGCUGUCUCGUCUCGCAUCGACCUGCUUGCGUUGGGAGGGCGCACGUGGAGAUGGAGACAUUGUCCUGCGUAGCCUUAAUCCGCGGAAAAGAAUCGUUUCCCGCAAUGUGGCGCCUUCUUCCAGAUCGUUUGAACCCACAGUCUGCUGGCCGAGCAUGUUCGUGACUAUCAUCUUAAAGAUGCCAAGCUGAAGAAACCACGCUCCCCGCCAUAACUUCUUACUUGCUCACAUCUAGGAAGUUGCUUUUUCUGUUGGCUAAAGUCACCAGCGCCCUCCGAAUAGCCCAUGCUUGCCCGGGGAAUCCCGACUUCCUUAUUUUGACCCCUCUUGGUGUUUUAAAAAGAACGGGUGCCCUUUGAGAAAUUUUAACCAUAGAAUAUGAGUUCUCCAUUGGCUCCUGAGACUAAUGGGAUUCUCCAAAGGGUUCUUGCUGUUAUACUAUUCAUAGUACUAUUAGUUAAGGUUGUUGUUAGUUGCAAAGUCGUGUCCAACCCAUCACGACCCCAUGGACAAGGUUCCUCCAUGCCUUCCUGUCCUCUACCAUCCUCUGGAAUCCAUUUAAGCUCAUGCCUACUGCUUUAGUGACUCCAGCCAGCCAGCUCAUUCUCUGCCGUCCCCUUCUUUUGUCCUCAAUCUUUCCCAGCAUUAGGCUCUUUUCCAGUGAGUCUGUCCUUCUCAUUUAGUUAAGAUUUCACAUUGAAAGAUGUCAUGGCUUAAGUUCUGUUCUCGACGAUCCCCAGUGGUUUGCUGUAAUGGCUGUGUUGCGUCAAGCCAGUCUCUUGCCACAAAUAUUGGCCUUGAUAUUUUAAAGAUGGGCGGCAAUGCUGUAGAUGCUGCUGUGGCUGUUGCUGCCGCUUUAAAUGUUACUGAACCAUUUAGCACAGGGCUAGGUGGAGAUUGUUUCUGCCUGUAUUAUGAUGCAAGGACAAAGCAGGUGCAUGGUCUCAAUGGAAGUGGAAAGUCUCCACAAUCCCUCACCCUUGAGCUGCUAAAAGAAUAUGGCUUUGAUGAAGCAAAUCCUCUGCCUUUACGACAUGCAUGUAACAUUACAGUCCCUGGUGCUGCUGCUGCAUGGUGUGAUGCUGUCACGUUGUAUGGAAGCAAACAGCUUUCCAUGGGGCAGAUUUUGCAACCAGCAAUCGAAAUGGCUGAGAAGGGCUUUCCAGUGUCUGAGAUUACUUCUUACCAGUGGAAGCAAGAUGCUCAUGUUCUUCAGUCACCUGGAAAUCAACAUGGAAAGGACCUUUUAAUCGAUGGCGAAGCACCGGAACAUGGCCAAGUCUUCCAAAAUCUUCUUUUGGCAAACACUUUUAAGGAGUUAGCAAAAUCUGGCAAAAGAGGCUUUUACGAAGGCCAUGUGGCUAAAGCAAUUGUGGAUGUUAUUCAGAAUAAUGGUGGAGUAAUGGAUUUAGGAGACCUGAAAAGUCAUGUCACUGAAGAAGUUGAUCCUAUUGUCACAAAUUACAAGGGAAUGAAUAUUUGGGAAAUUCCUCCAAAUGGGCAAGGAAUCACAACUUUAUUAGCCCUGAAUAUUUUAGAAAAUUUCAAUGUGAAAGAUCUGGACCAUAAUUCUACUCAUUACUUGCACAUUUUAAUUGAAGCAUUCAAGCUGAGCUUUGCUGAUACUUUUUGGUUUUGUGCUGAUCCGGAAAAAGAAACAGUGCCUACAGCACAGCUCCUUUCUAAAUCUUAUGCCAGAGACCGUUCACAUUUAAUCAAUUUACACAGAGCAACUGCCAGAUAUAGUCAUGGAAAUCCCUUCCCAGUGGGCAAUGACACCGUUUAUUUUAGCGUGGUAGAUGCUGAAGGCAAUGCCUGCUCAUUCAUUAACAGCCUGUAUAAAGGAUUUGGUGCAGGUCUGGUGCCAGAUGGCUGUGGAUUUACUUUGCAAAACAGAGGAGCCGGUUUUUCACUACAGCAUGAUCAUCCAAACUGCCUGGGCCCUCGGAAGCGGCCCUAUCAUACAAUUAUACCAGCUCUGGCCACUUCAGCCAAUACUGGAGAACUUUUGUGCUGCUUUGGAGUUAUGGGAGGAUUCAUGCAACCACAAGGCCAGGUGCAAGUACUACUAAAUAUGUUUGAAUUUGGAAAGAAUCCACAAGAAGCUUUGGAUGCAUCUCGUUUUUAUAUAGAGUAUAGCAAACAAGAUGCAUGGCAAGUGUUCUUGGAAGACGGCAUUCCUCAAAACAUAGCAGAUGAUUUGAGAGCCAUGGGCCAUAAUGUCAAGGAACCUGUACUUGGUUAUGCCAGGAUCAUGUUUGGACGUGGUCAAAUUAUCACCAAAGGAGAAUGGUGGAGUCAAAAACCCCUCUCUUCUUCCUACACUGUACUUUGGGCUGGAUCUGAUUCUCGAGCUGAUGGUUGUGCAUUGGGAUACUAAUAUGAAAAGAAAAGAGGGCUAGAUUGAGUGAAUAGAAACAGAUUUCAAAGUGACGUACCAUGAUGAUAUACUAGAAAACAGAGGGGGUAUAAUUUGAUGAUAGUAGUCCAUGUUUUGCACAAAGAAACCCCAGGUUCAGUUAUUUCAUUUAUUUGCCUGGGAUAUGGGCUAAUGCAGGGGUGUCAAACUCAUGGCCCCUGGCCUGGAUCUGGUCUGCAGGUUGCUUAAAUCUGGCCCUCUGGGCUGGCCUGGAAAUAGCAAAGGACCGGCCCACAGUGCCUUUGGUAGUGAAAAUGGGGCGACCCCCUUCGCACCUGUUUUGGCCAUCAGAAUGCUGCAGGAGGCCAUGCAGACUGAAAACGGGGUGUGGGGGCCAUGUGCAGAUGCUGCAGUCCAUCCCGUCUGUCAUCAAUCCCGUCUCCCAUCCACCCCCAGCCAGCCUGUGGAGGACAACUACAAUGCUGAUCUGGCUUUUGAAGAAAUCCAGUUUGACACCCCUGGGAUAAUGGGAUAAUCAUCUGCUACUCAGAUUGGAGCAUAUUGGUUGCUUUUUUCUCAUAAUGCUUAAUCAUGGGUUAUUAAACAAACCAGGAAGAUAAAAGUAAUUCUGACUUUUUUCAACCACUUCUUGGUUUGUUUCCUCCAUGCUUUUCUUCCAAUAUCAAGAGAAGUAAGGGCAACAUACAAACAAAACCAGAAGUCAGAAUUCCAAGUUUAAAAGGAAAAGACCUGGUUUAAAAUCAAGACCUGAAAAUCAGUAAAUCAUGUUAUCCAAUUA